UCAUCACUUUUUGCUCAGAAAUCUGGAGAGAGGGGGGUCGUGUCAGAUGAGCUUGGCGGGUUUACGUUUUAGUUUUUUUUUCUUCUUCCAUUGAAGUUGGUCGUGGCUUUUCUCCAACCACAUAAAACUUUCUGGGAGGCGCAACACCCAAUAAGCCCGUCAAUCACUUAGUCAUGCCGAGCAAGAGGGGCGAGGUGUGAAAAGUAGUGAGAUGGAUGCUUCCUUUUGGCAAGAGAAAUAAAAAGGCGUACUCAACCAAUCAACCGUCUUACCAAUAUCGUAUUUUCCUUUCUCUUUCGUCCCCUCUUUUUCUCUCUAGGAUCUUCCGUUUCUCUUUCUGCUUCGAAAUUCUACUCUAUUAACUUCCGAGCAGAGAUGUUAGAUUGCCCAACCUCCGCUGGAGGUCAUGCAUAUCUUGGGAAUCCUCUCUCUAACGAAGAGGAAGAUGUGGAACUGCAUAUAUAGAAUCCCGCAAUUACAGAGGAACUUCGGAGGCCGAGAUGUAGGUCGAAUCUCAGCAGAAAACCAGCAGAACCAGGUAAUUGAUGGGAGUUCUAAAGCGACGAAGGUCUGGAUGAAAGGGAUUCAAAGAGAAACCAGAUCCACAGAUGGGUGGCUUCGCUCUUCCCAUCGAGUUUGCUUGGUAAUGUUGUGGUCGAGUAUCCAACUACUGUGGGUGCUGUUGAUGGAGAUAGAAGGCUGCUGAUGUUUUCCUUUUAAUCGAACACGUCCGAGUUGGGGAGCAUAGAAAGAUUGUUGCUUCGAAGUCCACAGAGGGGAUAUUAGGUGGUAACCUAUGGAAUGAUCCCUUUCCUUUUAAUUUUCUUCUUUUUCUCUUGGCAGCAAUGAAUUAAUCUCUCCAUUUCAUUCCUAUUCCAAAAAAGGUACUCGAGCUACAUCCAUUUAUUUUUGGUGGAUGUCUUUGGCUUGAGGUAUUGAUUUUAGGAUUUAGUUAAUUGAUUUCAAGAAUCUGUGCACCUAAUUGGAAAAUAAAGUUUGAAUCUUCAGGAUAUUACCGAGGUGGCUAACAAGAAGCUUCUCAUUUCUUUUGCUUAAUCACUGAAUCCUCUGUAAGAUAUAAGGUGUUCUUUUGCAUUUAUCGGCAGUGAUACCUGCUCUGGUUCUUGUACUCUGUAGGAAUAGUGCAUAAUGCAUUAACUAGCAAGCUUUACUUGAUCCUGGUAUGACCAUGUGCUAUUGAUUUUCAAUUUUUUGCUGGCUUUUCUGCAACUGGACUUUUCUUUUAUUCUCUAUAUUUAUGCUUUUGCUAAUUGUUGUUUGCAGCAGCGAUGGGAAGUUAUAGGCCGUGGCCAUGAAUCUGUUGCAAACCCGGACCUUAUAGAGGAAUUCAUUAAGAUAAUUAGCCAUCGUCAAACGUAUUUUUAUUUACAAAUAUACUCAUGUAUGCCUUCAAUUGUUAAUUUAGGUGUUGAGUGAUAUUAUUGAAUUGUUAAUUACCUAAUGUUAUGAUCAUAUCAUGAGCU